UGUGCUUGAUAUUAUCGCUGAGGUAUCUUUUUGUAUUUUUCUGCCGGGGAUGGGCCAGAUUGGGAAGGGCGGUACGAGGGUGAGACUUGGCGUUGGUGUUUUGGAACAUCAAAGAUGGACAGGGUUUUCGCGGAGGUCGCUCCUCGGAUAUCUCCACAACUACAGGUCGGGGGUCUUCCAAAAUCGAGAAGAUUGGUGCAUAUGGCUAGGUCACUUCACCUUACAAUUUGUAUGGCACUCUGGCCCGGGGUUGUGGUGUGGUAGGGGAGAACGGGGGAUAAUCCCACACAGGAGCUUCGAACAACGUCCAGUUCACAUUUGGCUGGAUAACUCCACCACCACACAGGGUAUGCGGUCGGCGAUGGGGUCAAAAUGCUCGUAUGAUCGAGGGCUUUUCGAUGGAUCUAUCGGCGGGUUCUUAUUCGAAAAAUCGAGCGAGUUCGUGGUGGAGCGGUUGGUCAACAAUUUUCAUCACUUUCUGAACAGAUUGUAA